AUGCCCGGUAAAGCACCAGAAUCUUUUGCCAGCGGUUCAGGCGUCGGCGUGGGAGGAGUCGGUGGUGGUAUCGAGGGGAAGAGGCGGGCGAGGAGCGGGACGAACGCUGGUAUGGCAAAGGCCGUGGUCACCGGUGUUCGAGAAUGGGUGGGGGAAACAGGAGAGGUCAUGGGGUUUUGGAAGGCUCGUAUGUGCAAAGACGAGGAUGGAGCAUUGCAACAACUCGUCGUGGCCGCAGUCCUCAUUCAAGAGACCAAAUUCUGGAAAGAAGUUGCUCGCAAGGCAUUCACGGACAGUGUUCAGGGCCCCGAGUACGAUGGCUUUCGCAAUACCUACAACAUAAGCAUGCAAGAGAAUCAAGACCUGCUCAUGGUUGGUGAAGCCGCUAAGCAGUUGGCUGCGGCGCGACAGCAGGUGAUGGAUCAGCAUAAGAAGGCGAGUGUGUGCCACUCAGGUACGAAAAGCUGCUUGCAUGCGCCCGCCAAGUGUGACCAGCGGUCGCCAUUUCGGCCGCAGCGCGUAAAUGCUCGUCACGGCCAAUCACAUGCUGUAGGCCGUCUUGAGCCCGGGAGCUUGCAGGAGGGCCAUGGAAAGACAGGCUACUCAGCCAGAAUCGCAUACUCGGCCAUGGACGGGAGGAAGCAGGGACGUCCGGAGGAGGAGCUCUUCUUGCGAUACGAUAACCCAGACACGCCCACGAUUCCCACAGUCGGGCCUCUGAGGAUACAAAAGGGUCGCGAUGGCAAGAGUCCCCCUCCGCGAACAGACUCGGCCGGCAGUUCGAGCCAGCCAGCCUUCUCGCGCCCGCCGCCCAUGCCCUCGUUCCCCGCACCGCCCACGAGCCCCCCAAAUGCUCCCCUCCCAUACCCCGAUACAGACCGGCCACCCAACGCGCAGCCUAUCCUAGGCACCGGUAGAUUUACGCCCCUCAGCGAAAGGGAGCGACGCGCGAAGAAUGCCACACCUCCUGAAUCCAGCCAAGGGCAGAGGCGAAGUUCGAAUGCGACAGGGCCGAGUCCCACUUCGCCCAGCCAGCGCGCUCGCUUCGAUGCGAACGACCCCAACAGGCCGACGAUAAGUGGUUACGGCGCUAGGAACCCGGAUGGCUCAGUGCAACCGUCGAGGCUGGCAGAGCGGAGAGGAACAGCACCCAAGCCCCUCCCAGACUCGCCGGGGCCAGAGACGCCAGACAAAGAAGGCCUGUUCCAGAAGGCGCCGCAGCGGAAAGGCAGCGCAGAUGUCGCCGCGAACCCAUAUCCCGAGUACCACCAGCAGUACUUUCCCCCUCCCGCUGCGAACCCCGUAGUAUACACAGGCCCUAAACAAGAUGAGCCGGUACUCAAAGUGCCCACCCCUGUAGGUGUCAAUCGUCUCAGCUCCACAGCCUCAACGUCGACAGUGAGGGCGCAGCGGGGUUCUCCCCCACCUCCCGAGACGCCCAUCAUUCCUCCGUCUGGUGGUGGCAUCGAAGCACGCUUUGCAGCGGCUGGCAUUGCAGGCACCUCAACCCUCACAAAUCUCCAGGCGCAAAGCGUUCAAAACGCCGCAGCUGCUCAGCGAAACCAGAUCUAUGCCAACCAGCAGCCCCGUCCAGGCCUCACAACACCACAGCCGAGCCAGCAACAGCCAGCGAGGAGACCAUGGACACCUACAGAGCAACCAGGAGGCAAUCCACAUGGCCCGCCAGCAGUGUACCAGGGCAUGGAUCAAGUGCCUCCCUCGAGCACCCCUCCUCAAGGCCCUCUUCCGCAAGCACCAAACACGCGCUUCUCACCUCCUCCCACAAAUGCCAACGUGCCACCAGAACACCCACUGAAUCAUGAGAUGGGACGGAUGAACCUGAACGAGGAACCACCACCAGCCUACUCAAGCAUAACAACACCGCCAACAGGCCAAGCCCAUAGCUAUCCCAACGACAAGGGACAGCAGCCAGCUGCUCAGGGAGCCAUGUUCCCUGAUCCCAACCAGGGCCAUCCUGCCUUCGCAAACGACGUGCGCCAGCAAGCCGGGCCAUCACAACCUGCUGCGGUAGUGGCACCAACACCUACACAGAACCAAUUCCCCCCACAGAUACAGACAACCCAGCCAGCACAUACGCCAAGUCCAGCUCCAGCGCCGGGACCAGGACCAGCCUCUCCACCACCACUACCCGAAGGCUGGAUAGCCCAUCUUGACCCCAGCUCUGGACAGUACUACUACAUCCAUCUCCCCACACAGUCUACCCAAUGGGAGUUCCCCAAGGGGCCUACACCCCUAAACCUCAAUGAGCCCAUGUCGCCGACAGGCACCUUCGUAGGUGGUCCUUUGGCGUCCCCCUCGUUCGGCAAGGCCCCUAUUGCAUCACCUGGCUUCGCUCCCCAGACCGCCACAUAUCCUGGAGACUUUGGCAUGGCUCCGCUAGCAACGCCAACUACUACAGGCUUUACUGGGCCGCCUCCACUUGCUGGUGUUGAUCAGUACAAAGUUGCGCCUACCAAUGGUGUAUACUUUGGGCCAUAUCUCAGAUACACCAACAUGGACAUUGAACGAGGCUUAUGGCUAGGAUCCAUUCUUCUCAUCACAAACACUCCUCAUCCACCCACAAUUCACAUUCAUCAGAGUGCAGACUUGUCACCAAACCCACGACAAUUAAAAGCCAAUCCCAUCUAUACCCACCAAACAUGGAUCUUCUACAGAUACGACAUUGAUUUAAGGAUGGAGGAGGAACAUGCUGCCAAGUGGACCUAUGCCAUCACCUCACAUCUCGGCUGCACUCGAUUUGAGUUCCUGGUUGCAGGACGAAACGAGACUAGUUGGCGGUUCAUUGCUCAUUCUGGCAAUGACUUCGCGCUGAAUGUGAAUGCGAACGAACGAGCCAAACUCGGUGGCGUGGGUCUGAUGUGGAAAGAUAUCUUACAGAAGAACGCCGAAUGCGGUGGCUUCCACGUCCAGCUGGGUUUGGGCGGCCAGAUUUAUGCCGACCGGCUGUGGAAAGAACUUCCGCUUCUCAAGCAAUGGACAGCAACAAGCGGCAAGGAUGUCCGGAAGAAUGCUCCUUGGACCGCAAAGCACGAGGAAGAUGUCUGCCACGCAUAUUUUCACUACUACACCAGCCACUUUGAUCAACCGCACCUGAGAGAGGCAUUCGCACAAAUUCCCCACAUCCUUGCUCUUGAUGACCAUGACAUAUUUGAUGGGUUUGGGUCGUAUCCUGAGUACAUGCAGUUUUCGAAUAUGUUUAGGAAUAUCGGAAGACUGGGUAUCGAGAUGUAUCUGCUCUUUCAGCAUCACACAACGCUCGAGAUUCUUCGGAAUGUCAACAACGAUAUGGACCUCUUCACAAUUACCGGUACAGGCUGGCACUUUAUCAAGUAUCUAGGUCCUUGCGUCACAGUUGUUGGCCCCGAUUGUCGCUCUGAGCGUAAUCCGCAUCAAGUCAUGGCAGGCCCAACAUAUCAGGGUAUCUUCCCAAAGGUGGCAACAUUACCACCGAGCGUUCAACAUUGCAUCUGGAUGGUACCCGUUCCCAUUGUGUACCCUCGUCUCGAGUCGGUCGAGCACUUUGCUCAUUCCAUGGCUACAGGCAAGAAAGCUGUUACCGGUACUUUCAAUAUGUUAGGAAAGGUAACAGCCGGCGUCGCUGGCGUUGUAGGGGCGAAGAGCGUCGUUGGUGAUGGCUUCAACUCGGUCAAGAAAGCUAUCGGUAAGUCUGGUUUGAUGAGUGGGGUCUUGAGUCCUUUCGGAGAGAUUGAUUUGCUGGACGAGUUGCGAGAUCAGUGGACGCACGAUUCAAAGGACCUUGAGCGGACCUACCUGAUCCGAACACUACAAGGCAUUGCUCACAACAAGUCAUUACGAAUGACGUUCUUCUCUGGCGCUGUCGACUGUUGUGGUGCAGGACUGGUGCACGACCCGUCAAGGCCACAGGAUCACAAGACCAUGUACCAGAUCAUAUCCGCUUCAGUUGUGAACGGACCACCUGGUAACUACGUUUUGCGACUACUACACAACAACCGGGCGCUCUAUGUACCACAAAACGGACAUCGCAGCAACAACCAGCCUUCCGACACGAAAGAAGAUAUGAUGGAGAUUUUCACCCAAGACGUCAACGGGCAGCCGCGGGAGUACAAGAGACUCAUGGGCCGGAGGAAUUAUGUCGCCUGUGUGAUAUACGACCCAGAGAUUGUGAAUGGCAAUUUCGGCCAAGCAGUGCCGGGACAGGGAAGUGGAAAGCUGAGUCUGGCGGUUGACUUUAUGGUGCAGAAUGAUGGCGGCUACGCUGCGCCAAUGAAGUAUGGACCAGUCAUCAUCCCGAGUCUGGAGUAUGGCAGAUAGAAGAGUGAUAGAUUUGUGUUUUGGGGGGGUUGCAUAGCAAGCGUUGUUUAUGCUUUCAGGAUUGUAUGUUUAGGUGAAGCCUCUUCGGGUGACGACAAGCAAUGAAGAUAUCAUUAC